UGCGCAGGCUACAGCUGCAGACUGCUGGAUCUACCUUCCUCUCUUAUCCUUCGCCUUCCGCCACCUCUGCCAAAGCCAUCAUGUCUCAGGCUCGGCCCGCCACUGUGCUGGGUGCCAUGGAGAUGGGGCGCCGCAUGGACCCGACCUCCAGCGCCGCUUCGGUGCGCGCCUUCCUGCAGCGCGGCCACACUGAGAUAGACACCGCCUUCGUGUAUGCAGAAGGCCAGUCCGAGACCAUCCUGGGCGGCCUGGGGCUCGGGCUGGGCCGCAGCGGCUGCAAAGUGAAAAUUGCCACCAAGGCUUGUCCAAUGUUUGGGAGGACAUUGAAGCCUGAUGAUGUCCGGUUCCAGCUGGAGACUUCACUGAAGAGGCUUCAGUGUCCCCGGGUGGACCUCUUCUAUUUACACGUGCCAGACCACAACACCCCUAUAGAGGAGACGCUGGAGACCUGCCACCAGCUGCAUCAGGAGGGCAAAUUUGUGGAGCUUGGCCUGUCCAACUAUGCCUCCUGGGAAGUGGCUGAGAUCUGUACCCUUUGCAAGAAAAAUGGCUGGAUCAUGCCAACUGUGUACCAGGGCAUGUACAACGCUACCACCAGGCAGGUGGAGAAGGAGCUCCUCCCCUGCCUCAGACACUUUGGAUUGAGGUUCUAUGCCUUCAACCCUUUGGCUGGGGGCCUGCUGACUGGCAGAUACAAGUACGAGGACAAGGAAGGACAGCAGCCUGAGAGCCGCUUCUUUGGGAAUCAGUUUUCUCAGAUGUACAUGAACCGCUACUGGAAGGAGGAACACUUCAAGGGCAUCGCCCUGGUGGAGAAGGCUCUGAAGUCCACCUAUGGCACCAGCACUCCUAGCAUGACCUCGGCCACCUUUCGAUGGAUAUACCAUCACUCACAGCUCAAGGGCGCCCAUGGGGAUGCAGUCAUUCUGGGCAUGUCCAGUCUACAGCAGCUGGAGCAGAACUUGGCCUUGGUUGAGGAAGGGCCCCUGGAGCCGGCUGUUGUGGAGGCCUUUGACCAAGCCUGGAACCUGGUUGCACAUGACUGCCCCAACUACUUCCGCUAAGCUGGGUCUGACCUGGGGAGGCGUCGAGGGUACUGCCUGUCACUCUGGGCUCUACCCUGGCCAGUCUGGGCCUGGAGCUGAUUCAGCUGGUCAUUCCCUCGUCAUCCAGAUCACUGCUGACUUUGUUUUGUUUCUGUCUACUGCCUUCCUGUACACCCAGUUGCCUUCAGUGUGAGAGCUGGCUGAGCUCCGCCCCAGGACCUCCUGUGGAAUAAAACUUUCACCUGUCACGGCUGUAGCCCAGGCUGCAGCAGACUGGUGGCCGUCUUCUCUUGAA